CUUAACUUUGGCCGCUCCCUAAGAAAUUAAAAAAAAAAGAGAAAAAGAAAACAUCCCAUUUAAUUGUUCAUAAUUCAUCAAGAAAGAUCACGAUCGGGAAAAUAAUUUCCUUGUUAGAUUUUCGUACGUGAAGACAUUUUUGAAGGAUUGCUUGAAGAAUUUUUCUUCUGCUUGCUGAGGUGCUAUUGCAAACUUCUCUCUCUCGAAGUUUUACAAGUCCUAUACGGUUGAAAAAUUAAAUAGGCUGAAGCUGCACUGAACCAGCAGUGAACUGGUGAACUGUAGCUGGAGAAUCCUUUUCUCGUAUUCUGUUGCCUCCCUGCUAGCAUAAAAAACCGGGGAAAAAUGCAGAUUUUGGUGAAAAUGGUAACAGGAAAGACCCUAACACUGGGGAUGGAGUCUUCAGACACCGUGGACUGUGUAAAGGCCAAAAUCAAAGAUGAGGAAGACAUCCCACCAGACCAGCAAUGCCUAAUCUUUGCAGGAAAACAGCUGGAAGAUGGCCAAAUCCUUGCUGACUUCAGCAUCCACAAGAAGAAGAAAACAAAGCCCCUCAAGUUUACUCUGCUCCAGGUUGAUGAUGUUGCUGCUGCACCAAAACAGUUAGAUGUCCAAAAUGUAGAAUCAGAAGCAGCAGUUGCCUCGACUAAAGCUAAAAAAUCAAAGAAGAAGAAACGUGCUGCGUCUGAUGUGGGAGACACAAUUGAUACUGAUCAUGGUGCAGCUACUGAUGGAGUCCUUGUUGAGUAUGAUGUCAAUGAGCCGACCAUGGGUGAAAAACUUGCUAGUAUAACUCUACAAGAUAAUGGCAAAACCAACAGCCUUGAGAUAGAAGAAUCACCUCCUCAUGCAAAGCCUCCAAGUGCUGACUCUGUUAACAUUCUUCUUAAGCAAGCAUUGCGUGCUGAUGAUCGUGCUCUUCUAUUAGAUUGCUUAUACACCCAAGAUGAGAAGGUUAUUGCAAAUUCAAUCUCACUGCUCAAUCCAUCUGAUGUGCUCAAGCUCUUACAGUCUCUUCUAUCCAUAAUUCACUCCAGGGGUGCAAUCUUGGCGUGUGCUCUUCCUUGGCUAAGAAGUUUACUUCUUCAACAUUCAACUGGAAUAAUGUCUCAGGAAUCUUCUUUACAUGCUUUGAAUUCCUUAUAUCAGCUCAUUGAAUCCCGAGUGUCAACUUUCCAGUCAGCUCUUCAAUUGUCAAGUUGCAUAGACUUUCUCUACGCUGGGGUUGUUGAUGAUGCAUCAGAUGAAAAUCACACAGUAACUCCUGUAAUUUACGAGGACAAUGAUGAAAGUGAUGACAAGGAAUCUGAAGAUGCCAUGGAAACUGAUCAAGACAGCAAAGAGGAGGAAGCGUCUGAUGGACUUAGUGAUAUUGAAGGAAUUGAUGGCAUGAGUGAGUGAUGGCAUUAUUCAAGCCUAUAUUGGUUGCCUUUUUGACAACAUUUGACAGUUGAUGAUGUCCUAGAAUUAAGGGCUAUCAAUUCCACUGUAGAGUAGCUGGACAAUCUCUUUGUUUGUCCAGUGGACAUUGAAUCGCUUGACAUUAUGAGGGAACUACUAUAAGCAUUUUCCAGGGAGCACAAAGAUAAUUCGGAAAUUUCUUUUAUGAGGAGAAGCAUAUGUCAGGUUUUUGAAGACAAACCUGGUUUUUCU